AUGGGAGGGGUCAUCGUGCAUGAUGAGGAGCACCUGGCACAUCUGGCGUCGCUGUUCAACAACACCAGGUACAGCGACAUGGUGUUGGUAGCGGAGGCCCCCUGGGCUUAUGUGGAGGGAACGCCCGUGCGCAGACGCUUCCACUGCCACCGCGCCAUCCUCGCCAGCCGCUCCUCCUACUUCGACCGCAUGUUCGGCUCCGGCAUGCGGGAGACGGCGGAGAGCGAGGUGGUGUUGCCGGACUGUCCCCCCGAGGCUCUUGAGGCUGUGCUGCGCUUCUGCUACAUGGGCGAGUGCCGGCUGCCGCGCCGCGACAUGCUCAGCCUGCUUGUGCUCGCAGACAGACUGGACAUUCCUGACCUCACCGCCCUCGCAGAAAAGGUGGUGUUGAACAAUGUCAACCAGGACACGUUUGGGGACUAUCUGGACGUGGCAUCUUCUCGGCGGCUGCAGCGGCUGGAGGCCAAGUGCAUCGACUUCCUGCUCACCAACUUUGAAAAGGCGGCGACUCAGGAGACGUUGAAGCGGCUCAGCCUGGAGACUCUCCUGGCGGUUCUGCAGAGCGACAAUCUGCACGUGCCGAGUGAGAUCCACGUCUUCCAUUCCGUCCUCUCCUGGCUCGACGCCGACCCCGCCCGCAAAGCCGCCGCUGCCCAGGUGCUGCAGCUGGUGCGGUUCCCCACAAUGACUCAGGCGGAGCUGUGCCAGGUGGGGGACCACCCCCUCGUCGCGGGGGACCCUCUUGUCCAGGAAAUGCUGCUGCGAGCGUUCAUCCACGUGUGCAACCCGCCGCAGCCGCACGCGCUGCCGCCAGAGAUCUUCUCCAUGACUGUCGAGGCGGCUGAGGAGGCCGCCCCGUUGUACCGGCCGCGCGCUCUCACCGCGGCCGCCGCGUUCGAGUUCACCGGGGCGCUGCAAUUUUGGCGCGUGCCGGUGUCGGGCGUCUACCGCAUCACCGCGCGCGGCGCCAAGGCGGCCGACGGCGCCUGCCGGUGCGGCGGUCGGGGGGCGAUCCUGAGCGGCCUAUUUAGCCUUGAGAAGGGGCAGCAGCUGCGCGUGCUGUGCGGGGGCAUGAGCGCGCGCGCACCCCACGGCAACUCCGGCGGCGGCGGCGGCACUUAUGUGAUUGUGGAGGACGAGGACGAGCCGCUCAUUGUUGCCGGCGGCGGCGGCGGCACCCGGGGCGCGGAGCAUGAUUUUGAUGGGCUGGAUGCGUCGCUGGAGGAGGAUGCGAUGGACAGCUGUUGCACCAACCCCUCCGAACAAGGGCUGGGCGGCCAGUAUGGCUGCGGCGGCACCGGGUCGCCGUAUUUGGGGCUGGGCGGCGGCGGCGGCGGGUACAGGCAUCCGGGGGCGGGAGGGAACGCAACGUCAGCCAACGGGCGCUCCCUGUGGGCGAGUGAGUCAGCAGACGCGCACUGCGCCGAGUACGGCGGCUUCGGCGGCGGCGCCGGCGGCUGCGGCGGCGGCGGCGGUGGCGGCUUCUCAGGCGGCGGAGGCGGUCCCGGGGGCGGCGGCGGCGGCUCGUUCAUACACUACGACGCGUUGGACAUCAGUAAGGAGGUUGGUCACGAGGGCCACGGCAGUGCAGAGGUCGUCUACGUGGCGCCCUCGGCCCGCAGCCUACGGACCCAGAUCCUGGAGCACUCCGCGCUGCGGUCGGUAAAGUCCGCGCCCGCCGCCAAGCUCGGCCCCAACCGCUGGGGCUUCUGA